CAAGGAAACACAAGAUUUUCGAUCAACAGGAUUUUCAUCAGCCCUAGCUUUAUUUUUAGUCAUAUUCGCUGUUUUAUGUCGUUUGUGCUGUGAUCGAUAAGAAACAAUACACGAAUUGUGCGGCGAUUGUGAAGUGAAAUAGCUGCAAAACGUUAACCAACCAGUAAACAAUGGAUCAAGAUCGUAUUUUAGCAACAUUCAAAAUAUUAAUUAUAGGCGAAAGCGGAGUAGGAAAAUCUAGUUUAAUGCUUCGGUUCACAGAGAACGAUUUCGACAGCGACCAGGCGCUUACGAUCGGUGUUGAUUUCAAGACCAAAAUGCUCGAUAUCGAUGGUGUAAAGGUGAAGCUAGCGAUAUGGGAUACCGCGGGCCAGGAGCGGUUCCGCACGCUAACGCCCAGCUACUAUCGGGACGCCCAGGGAGCCAUACUGGUGUAUGACGUCACGAAAAAGGACACAUUCCAAAAGCUAGAAUCGUGGUUGAACGAACUGGAAAUCUACGGCACUCGCAACAAUAUGGCUAAAAUGAUAGUUGGCAACAAAAUAGACCAACCAAAUCGAUCCAUUACCAGGGAUGAGGGUUUCCGGUUCGCUAAAAAGCACCGCAUGAUGUUCAUCGAAACGUCGGCGAAAACAAGCGAAGGUGUUAAGGAUGCAUUCGAGGAAGUAGUCCGUAAGAUUAUGGAAACAGACGGCCUCUGGGACCGAAACGAUUAUGGCGAUGGAGUAGAUCUCCACGGAAAUCCAGCACCGGCGGCCGGCUCAUGCUCUUGUUAAGGAAAUAUCGAUAUCUAAAGCUGCAUAAGGCACAAUAACCAAGCAAUCACAAAGGAUCUGUAUACCAAGAUUGUGCUUCGAAACUCCUUCAUGUGCUCCAUGCACAUGUUAGCCAUCAUGUUCUUCAACACUUGUGCAGCGGAAAUAAGGUUUUAAUUUUGUUGUUAGGUAAAUUAUAAUUUUUAAUCAGAAUGCAUGUUUGCUCUUUAGAUGUAAGAUCUGGGCGGGAAUAAAAGAGAGUAA